AUGGCUUUAAGAAAUCAAAUCGACAGAGCAGCAAAUAAUCUUCAAAGACGAUUAACAAGAGCAGAGGCAGCAGCAACAGGUACACAGCUAGAAGAGCGGCUAGUAACACCACGAAGAAACGGAGGAAGACGUCAAGAGCAACAAGAAGGCAUCAGAAGAGAAGAGCAAGGUAGUGAUGAAGAAGAAUGUUCGCAUGUGCCAAGAUUGAAUCAGCCAAUACCAGAAGAGGACGAGGAAUGGGGUGGAAUAGGAGAAGUGGAUGGAGACGAACAAAGAGAAGAUGAAACAGAUCAGAUGGAUAUUGAUCAAAUUGAGAAAAGAAUAAUAAAAGGUACGGACGCUGACAUUUGGGGUGGUUCCUUUGCAAUUCCUUCGUAUUCAGAAGCACGUAGAGAAGCUCUGGUGGAGUUGAUCCAGGACGCUUACGAUAGAGAUGAUGACGCCGGUGCAAGACGCCUAACAAAACGUUUGAACAAGGAAGACGGUGUAGAAGAGCCGGGAAAUCCUUACGUGAUGGAUGAAGAGUCAUCGAAGUCGUCCGAUGAUGAGGCGAACGUCCGGUCAUUUCUAGUAACCAAAGUACCUCCGGAAGCCCCUAGCGUGACCUUUGUUUGUGAAACCCAGCGACAAGGCCCAGCAGACCGAGAUCAACCAGCUAUCAUUAAAACGACUGCUACGUCAGCACUCAAAGAAACUGUAGAUUGGUUCCAAGGAUGCUCGAGUCAGGAAGAGUCAGAUAAAGCAAAAGCUUUAAUGACGGCGAAGAAAGGUUCACUUACCUUGUCGAACAGCGAUAUGAUCCACAAUGGACGCGUAUUCCGGUCUGGUCCAGCUAAGAUGGGAGACGCUAUCACACCUUUAUCGCCUCAUCUGACCUUGAAGUUGAAAGGCCUCAAGUCUUUCAUCCCUUUACCCGUGUUCGAUGAAGAAUUUCUGAUUAGAGACCAAAUGGCCUGGUCCCUGUUACCACCGAAGUCAGAAGACAAAGCGGAUAAGGAGAAGAGGUUGUACGGAGGAGAAGGUCCAAAAGAAGAACUUACAAUGGAUUUUGAGGCCUGGAGCGAUUGUAUGGAGUUGAUGUGCGUACAUUUACGAGACCAGGACUGGGGUCCAGUAGCGGAUCAAUUCGAGAGUCACAUGGUGAUUGUAAAGCAAUUAAGGAAGGAUUUUGGGUGGAUGGUCGCAUUGAGGUAUUGCCGGCUCGUAAGACAAGGAGUAAUGCGAGAAACAAUUGAUAGCUCGAUGGGGAACUGGGCGGAAUUGCAAGACCAUUUGUUAGCUCAAGCAAAGACCAAAGCCGAAAGCUAUAAUGAGCGAUAUUACCGAACGAAUCCUUACCCCGAAAAUGGUCCAAAAGCCAAUAUAUGCCCUUACACCAACCAGACCAAGACUUCUCAGCCGGUUGCAAGCACAAGCAGUACAACCUUUAACACCUCGUACACCCCCAAUCACCAUACCAGUGUUAAUCGCCAUGCAACUGGAAGUUCGUAUCGUGGAAACGGUGGUGGUAAGAGAAACAGAGGAGCUCAACCGUGGAACAGAGACCGAGAUCGUGAUGUCCGAGGCCCACGAUGGGGAGAUGAAAAGAGGAAAGAGCGUAGCAAAAGCCCUGAGAGGCGGCACGAAAAGAAGGGAAAUGACGGGAGAUGGAAGCGAUCGUAA